AUGAGCGCCACCAAAUUGGUCUCGGACGCCGAGCGACGGUUUGGAGAGUCGCCCAACGAACGCGAUGCCAGAGUUGAGCGUCUCUGGUCCAGAUUGGACCCUACCGGCAAGGGAGAAUUGGACUUGAAGGGCCUGCAGAAGGGUUUUAGGCGCAUUGAUCACCCUCUGAAGAAUGCCAACGAGUUGUUGAAACAGAUUAUGAAGGAGGUCGAUACGAACCACGAUGGCAAAAUUCAAUACGAAGAGUUUCGCAAAUUCGUCGAGAAAACCGAGCGACAGUUGUUCUUACUCUUUCAAGCCAUCGAUAAGGAUGGCAACGGCAAACUCGACUCCGCCGAGCUCCAAACCGCCUUUCGCACAGCCGGCCUGAGCGUUUCAAACCGUCGAGUUGCCGACUUCUUCCACGACUUGGAUAGGAACAAUGAUGGAUUUGUCAGUUUUGAAGAAUGGCGAAACUUUCUCCUGUUCAUGCCAGCCUGUGAACACGACUCCCGACUCCAAGCCGUCCUAUCCUACUAUGACUCCGUCGUCAAUGUCACACCGGAGGGAGAUUCUCUUGUCAGCGACGAAACUUUGGAAGGUCUAGGUACGGAUGAGUUAUCCUCUAGCUCCCUUUUCUAUUCUCUUUUCGGCUCUCUCGUUAGGGUCGCGUCUCCUUUACCUCCUGCGACAAUACCACCUGGGUCUCCUGCAGCUCCCGCACAAGACAACGACCCGACAAGUAUAGAUGCAGACUUGAAAACAGACGCUGUGGAGGUCCUAUCACAACCUGGAGCGAACGCCGUGGCGAGUGCAGAUGAAGACGGCGACAGUAUCCCACAUCAGACUACACAGCGGCGACGGUUAGUCGCAACAAAACCCACACGAUUGGAGCCUUCAAAGCCCACACAGUCUAUACAGCGCGUUGGCGAUGGCACCUCGGAACAGCUCAUGGAAGAACCACCACAAUCUUCGGCAGGAGUUGAGAGCAGGCCCCAAAAGAAGUUCAAACUGACACAUUUUGCUCCUGAUCCAGGUUACUUCCUAGCGGGUGCCAUCGCCGGCGGAGUCUCUCGUACGGCCACCGCGCCGCUUGACCGAUUAAAGGUCUAUCUGUUGGUCAACACCAGCACUAGCUCCGAGACUGCGGUAGCCGCUAUUAAGCAAGGUCGCCCUAUUGCGGCGGUAAAGAACGCGCUUAGACCUAUCAGCAAUGCCGUUAAAGAUCUGUUUCGCAACGGCGGCAUCCGAAGUUUCUUUGCCGGUAACGGUCUGAACGUGCUCAAAAUCAUGCCCGAGACGGCCAUCAAAUUUGGGUCGUACGAAGCAGCCAAGCGGGCUCUGGCCAAUUUUGAAGGCCAUGGUGACCCCAGACAUAUCAACUCGUAUUCAAAAUUCACCGCAGGCGGUGUUGCUGGCAUGAUUGCACAGUUUUGCGUUUAUCCACUAGAUACCCUAAAAUUUCGCUUACAGUGUGAGACUGUUAAGGGAGGACUCACGGGCAGCGCAUUGGUCCGCCAGACGGCUGUUAAGAUGUAUGCUGAUGGCGGCAUUCGAGCGUGUUACCGUGGUGUGACCAUGGGUCUCGUGGGCAUGUUCCCGUACAGUGCCAUAGACAUGGCCAUGUUUGAGCUGCUCAAAAACUCAUAUCGAACGUACUACGCUAGGCAUUCCGGUUGUCAUGAGGAGGAUGCUAACCCUGGCAACAUUGCCACAGGCAUGAUCGGAGCGACAUCUGGGGCGAUUGGUGCGACGGUUGUAUACCCGCUCAAUGUGGUACGAACACGAUUGCAGACACAAGGAACCGUGAUGCACCGAGCGACGUAUACUGGUAUAUGGGAUGUGACUCAAAAGACCAUUCAAAAGGAGGGAUAUCGUGGUCUGUAUAAGGGAUUGACGCCGAACUUGCUCAAGGUUGCACCUGCAUUGAGCAUCACGUGGGUGGUGUAUGAGAAUUCAAAGUCUGUCCUCGGGCUACAUUGA